AUGUCCAGCGCGUUGCUUACUGUCGUCCAGGGCAACACCUUCCUCUUCACCUCCGAGUCGGUUGGCGAGGGCCACCCCGACAAGAUUGCCGACCAGGUCUCCGAUGCCAUCCUCGAUGCCUGCCUGCGCGAGGACCCGCUCUCCAAGGUCGCUUGCGAGACUGCCACCAAGACUGGUAUGGUCAUGGUCUUCGGCGAAAUCACCACCAAGGCCCGCCUCGACUACCAGAAGACCAUCCGUGAUGCCAUCAAGGACAUUGGCUACGAUGACUCCAACAAGGGCUUCGACUACAAGACGUGCAACGUGCUCGUCGCCAUUGAGCAGCAGUCGCCCGACAUUGCCCAGGGUCUCCACUACGACGAGGCUCUUGAGAACCUCGGUGCCGGUGACCAGGGUAUCAUGUUCGGAUAUGCCACCGACGAGACCCCCGAGCUCCUGCCCUUGACCCUCCUGCUCUCCCACAAGCUCAACAGCGCCAUGAAGGAGGCCCGUAACAGCGGCGAGCUCCCCUGGCUCCGACCCGACACCAAGACCCAGGUCACCGUCGAGUACGCUCACGACAACGGUGCCGUCAUCCCCCUCCGUGUCGACACCGUCGUCGUCUCGGCCCAGCACUCUGAGGACAUCACCACCGAGGAGCUCCGCAAGGAGAUCAAGGAGAAGAUCAUCAAGAAGGUCAUCCCCGCCAAGUACCUUGACGACAAAACCGUCUACCACAUUCAGCCCUCGGGUCUGUUCAUCAUCGGUGGACCCCAGGGUGAUGCCGGUCUCACUGGCCGUAAGAUCAUCGUCGACACCUACGGUGGCUGGGGAGCCCACGGUGGUGGUGCUUUCUCCGGAAAGGACUACUCCAAGGUCGACCGUUCCGCUGCCUACCUUGGCCGCUGGAUCGCCAAGUCCCUCGUCAACGCUGGCCUUGCCCGCCGUGCCCUUGUCCAGCUCUCGUACGCCAUUGGUGUCGCCGAGCCCCUCUCCCUCUACGUCGACACCUACGGCACCUCCGACAAGUCUUCUGAGGAGCUUGUUGAGAUCAUCAAGGCCAACUUCAACAUGCGCCCCGGUGUCAUUGUCAAGGAGCUGAACCUCACCAACCCUAUCUACAACCAGACCGCCAAGAACGGUCACUUCACCAACCAGGAAUUCACCUGGGAGAAGCCCAAGACUCUCAAGUUCUAG